GUCCAUGAUUCUCCGAUGAAUCUGCUAAAUAGGGAUUUGGGAUUUGUAGUGGGAAUAAGAGAUAUGAUCGGAUGGAGGAAACAUGUAGAGUGUGCUGUAUAUUUCGCCGGGACUUGAAGCUAUCUGGUAGUGGGGAAAAAUACAAGAAUUAUACGGAGAAUACGGAGAAGGAUUCGGGGGUCGGAUACAGGUGGAUCGGUGGGAACGCAUAGGCAGCGAUGCUGUACGCGGCUUCUUUCGCUAUGCCCCACGUAAUAUUCAGAAAUAGGACUCAGAACGGGAGUCAUAGUUGAAACUCGUCAGUACAUCUUCUCGCAGCUCAAUUGAGCAAAAUACUCAAUUUAACGAAUAUUCAUUAUGGCAGUGACAGAAUUGGCGUUGCUCACGGCGAUUGAGACGCCCCUCACGGAUGAAGCCAAAAAGGCCACAAUCCAAGCUCUCGACGUUCAAGAAGAAUGGCGAAUUAAGGAUGCCCCGAAAGCACCCAGAGGCAAGGAAACCCGUGGAGUAGGCCUCUUUCAGCAAACCGAGGAUCGAUCCAUUUAUCUCCUUACGGCGCAUUGGGAUUCUUACGAGCACCACACAGCUUGGAUAAAGAGUCCAGAGAACGGUUCGGUAUAUCCAGGUCUCAAGAACCACUUUCAACUUGAAAAGACAGUCCUAUCCCACUUGGAAAACGUCGAGCUAUUCAAAACGUCGGGAGCGGAGGGCGAGAUCUCAUUAUUACACAGCCCAGUAAUCAGCGUUGGGAAAUUGACCAUCCCGACCGAGAAGAGACGAUCGUUCGAGCAAGGCUGGAGCGAAGCAAAAGACGUGCUGGAGAAAUUUGUAAAACCGCAUUUGGUGAGGGAUGGUUGGCGCAUCGAAAAGGAAGAACCAGGGCUGGAGGAAUAUGUUUUCGCAUGUGGUUGGCCGAGUCUGGAGAAAUCCGCGGAAUUCGCAACAUCGCAAGACUUUCAGAAGUAUUCGCCGGUAAUAUUCUCUACGCAGGCUCGCGAUAUCAAGCAUUACCAGCGGGUCCUGUGAACAGUUAGGUGUAGGGGAUAGAGGAUAAAAGACUGUCGCAGAUGAUUGUCAAAUGAUUUUUUUGUGCAAUUGUUAUGAAUUGUUGUCUACAAGCUCCUUUUCGUGCUCGAGAAUAUCAAUUCGGGAAGGUAUCCUUUAGACGCCGCCUCAUGAACAUGCCAGCCAGACCCCAAGCAAUAUGCAUCACCUCAUCGGCUCUCGAUGACCGCGUUUGUAGACCCUAUUUCCAUCCAUCGUACUGAGACAUCCCC